AUGUCAGCUCACGGCGAAACGUUUCUAUUCACUUCAGAGUCAGUGGGAGAAGGACACCCUGACAAAAUGGCCGACCAAGUGUCGGAUGCCAUUUUAGACGCGUGUCUCAAAGCUGACCCGUUCUCAAAAGUUGCUUGCGAGACGGCAACAAAGACUGGUUUGGUGUUUGUUUUUGGUGAAAUAUCCACAAACGCCGUACUAGAUUACCAGAAACUCAUCCGAAACGUCAUAAAGCGUAUUGGCUAUGAUGAUUCGACAAAGGGCUUUGAUUUUCAUACGUGCAAUAUACUCGUUGCAAUCGAAGAACAGUCUCCCGAUAUUGCUCAAGGUCUUGUGAAGAAUAGCGAGAGCCUUGAAGACAUUGGCGCUGGCGACCAAGGUAUCAUGUUUGGUUAUGCCACCGAUGAGACUCCUGAAUUAAUGCCGUUGACAAUAAUGCUGGCUCAUAAACUCAACCAGAAGUUGGCUGAAUUACGUCGUAACGAGACCCUCAAAUGGUUGCGCCCAGAUACGAAGACGCAAGUUACUGUGAAAUAUAGAAAUGAACAUGGUGCUUUAAUCCCACUGGAAGUCGACACAGUUGUAGUAUCCACACAGCAUAGCCCAGACAUUGAGCUUGCGGAUCUGCAAAAGGCUAUUUUAGAACAUGUAAUCCUGCCCGUUAUACCCGCCAAAUAUCUUACAGACAGGACCAUCUAUCAUAUACAACCAUCGGGAAAGUUCAUCAUCGGUGGACCGCAGGGUGACGCAGGGCUAACAGGGAGGAAGAUUAUCGUCGAUACCUACGGCGGUCAUGGUGCACAUGGUGGCGGUGCAUUCUCAGGCAAAGAUUGGUCCAAAGUCGAUCGGUCUGCAGCUUAUACAGGCCGCUGGAUCGCCAAGUCACUAGUAGCCGCCGGCCUAGCGCGCCGCGUUCUUGUACAACUGUCCUAUGCCAUCGGGGUAGCCGAACCUCUCUCAGUCUUUGUUGAUACGUACGGCACCUCGAGCAAGUCCAAUGCUGAGCUGUUAGACAUUAUAAAGAAAAAUUGGGAUCUGCGCCCAGGAGUUAUUGUACAAGAACUUGGACUUCAUAAACCAGACGGAUGGUCCUACGAGCAGACUGCUGCGUAUGGUCAUUUCGGAAGAGACGAGUUUCCAUGGGAGAAACCUAAAACUCUCAAAUUGUAA